AUGCCCUGCAUUCAGGCUCAGUAUGGGUCAUCACCGCAAGGAGCCAGCCCCGCUUCGCAGAGCUACAGCUACCACACCGCUGGAGAAUACAGCUGCGACUUCUUAACACCUGAGUUUGUUAAGUUUAGUAUGGACCUGACCAACACUGAGAUCACAGCUACUACUUCUCUCCCUAGUUUCAGCACAUUCAUUGACAACUAUAGCACCAGUUACGACGUUAAACCGCCCUGUCUAUAUCAAAUGCCCCAUUCUGGAGAGCAGUCCUCCAUCAAAGUCGAGGACGUCCAGAUGCACAGCUAUCAUCAGCAGAGCCAUUUGCCACCUCAGUCGGAAGAGAUGAUGGCCCACUCCGGGUCAAUUUACUUCAAACCCUCCUCACCUCACGCCCCAACCACACCAAACUUCCAGGUUCAGCCCAAUCACAUGUGGGAGGACCCUGGGUCCCUCCACAGUUUCCACCAGAACUAUGUGGCUGCGACCUCUCAUAUGAUAGACCAGCGCAAAAACCCGGUGUCAAGGCUGUCACUAUUCUCCUUCAAACAGUCCCCUCCUGGUACCCCUGUGUCGAGUUGCCAGAUGCGAUUCGAUGGCCCACUGCACGUCUCCAUGAACCACGACAACCCAGGAGCACACCGAGGCUUAGACAGCCAGAGUUUCGCGGUACCCAGUGCUCUAAGGAAACAGGCUGGCUUAGCCUUCCCCCACUCCCUUCAGCUCGGCCAUGGACACCAGUUGAUGGACAGCCAAGUUCAUUCGCCCCCGUCCCGCGGAUCACCAUCAAACGAGGGUCUGUGCGCAGUGUGUGGGGACAACGCUGCUUGCCAGCAUUAUGGAGUGAGAACCUGCGAGGGUUGCAAAGGAUUUUUUAAGCGCACUGUUCAGAAAAAUGCUAAAUACGUGUGUUUAGCGAACAAAAAUUGUCCUGUCGAUAAACGCCGAAGAAACCGUUGCCAAUACUGCCGUUUCCAGAAGUGCAUGGUUGUCGGAAUGGUCAAAGAGGUUGUCCGGACUGCUAAUCUAAAGGGUCGAAGAGGCCGUCUUCCCUCCAAACCUAAAAGUCCCCAAGACGCCUCACCACCCUCGCCGCCUGUCAGUCUCAUAAGUGCCCUUGUUAGGUCCCAUGUCGAUUCCAACCCGUCCAUGUCUGGCUUGGACUAUUCAAGAUUUCAGUCUAACCCUGACUACCAAAUGAGUGGAGACGACACCCAGCACAUCCAGCAGUUCUAUGAUCUCCUGACGGGUUCCAUGGAGAUUAUCCGAGGUUGGGCGGAGAAGAUCCCUGGGUUUUCUGAUCUUCCGAAGCAGGAUCAAGAUCUCCUCUUCGAAUCAGCCUUUCUUGAACUUUUUGUUCUGCGCCUGGCAUACAGGUCCAACCCAGUGGAAGGCAAACUCAUUUUUUGCAACGGGGUGGUCUUGCACAGGCUGCAGUGCGUCCGAGGAUUUGGGGAAUGGAUAGACUCGAUUGUGGAGUUUUCCUCUAACCUGCAGAGCAUGAACAUCGACAUAUCAGCAUUCUCCUGCAUCGCCGCUCUUGCUAUGGUAACAGAGAGGCAUGGGCUUAAGGAACCCAAGAGGGUUGAAGAACUUCAAAACAAGAUAGUGAACUGCCUCAAAGACCAAGUGACAUUCAAUGGCGGAGGCUUGAAUCGUCCGAACUACUUGUCAAAACUUUUGGGAAAGCUCCCUGAACUUCGCACGCUAUGUACACAAGGUCUGCAGCGUAUCUUCUACUUAAAACUCGAAGACUUGGUUCCUCCGCCAGCAAUAAUUGACAAACUUUUCCUCGACACUCUACCUUUUUAA